AGUAAGGAUUAGGCUGUGACAAGCGCUUGUUGACCCUAAUAAAAAACAGAGAGAGAGAGAGACACUCGGGCUGGAUCUGUUUGUAAACACAUUUUACAGUAAUCAUGAAGCAUUGCGUCGUGUACAGCAUCGGAGUUCUCUCUGUUCUUAUAUUAAUCGCAGGAAUUGCGAUGGUUUUGGCUCAAGUAUUCCAAAGCCUCUUGUACAACAGGAUAAAGAAGGAAGUAGUGCUGGAAAACGGUACAGAUGCCUUUGCUGUGUGGAAGGAUCCACCUCCGCCUGUCUACAUGCAGUUUUACUUCUUCAAUCUGACAAAUCCUGAGGAAGUGCUGUCAGGAGACAGACCUGCUGUGAUUGAGCUUGGGCCAUACACGUACAGAGAGUAUCGGCCUAUGGAAGGAGUGAACUUUAUGGACAACGGCACCAAAGUAGCAGCGGUUAACCCCAAAACAUACAUUUUCGAGCCCAACAUGUCCCGAGGAUCUGAAGAUGACGUAAUCAGGACCGCCAACAUCCCUGCAAUGACAGUGAUGCUGAAGUUUCAGAGUUCCUUCUUUAGGCGUAUAAUCUCUGAUUUGAUGAAAAGUAAAAACGAGGGUCUUUUUGGGACGUGGAAAGUGCAAGAGCUGCUCUGGGGAUAUAAGGACCCUCUACUUGUGGAACUUGAGAAAUUCGACCCUACCCUGGACCCAGACUUUGGCCUGUUUUACAAGAUGAACGGCACAGACGAUGGAGAAUAUGUGUUUUACACGGGCAAACAGAACUAUCUGGACUUUGCUCGAGUGGAUCUAUGGAGAGGCCAGAGUUCACUUGAUUGGUGGACCACAGAACAGUGUAACAUGAUCAAUGGAACGAAUGGAGCAACCUUUCAUCCCAUCAUCAACAAGACAGAGAGGCUUUACAUGUUUUCGUCGGAUCUCUGCAGGUCAAUCUACACCAUGUUUGAGUCAGAGUUGAGCGUUAGGGGAGUUCCUGCUUACCGCUUUGUCCCUCCCAGGGAAGUUUUUGCAAAUAUGACCAUUAAUCCAGAUAACGCUGGAUUCUGUGUGGGAGGAAACUGCCUCAGUUCGGGUCUGCUGAAUGUCAGCGUCUGCAAACAAGGUGCUCCAAUCAUCAUGUCCUCUCCUCAUUUCUAUCAAGCUGACGAGAAGUUUGCUGAUGAUGUAUUUGGGAUGCGACCCACGAAGGAGGAGCACGAGACGGCCAUCGACAUCAACCCACUCACUGGAAUUGUUGUGCAAGCAGCAAAACGUCUUCAGGUGAACGUCUUCAUUGAGAAGCUGUCGGGCUUCAGCCAAACUGGUAAUGUCAGAACUUUGGUGUAUCCAGUGAUGUACAUUAACGAGAGCGUACUAAUCGACGGGGAUUCAGCCAAAAAGCUUAAAGUUUUGGUUACAGAGGCCAACGUUGUGAUCAACGUGCCCUUCAUCAUCAUUGGUUUCGGCAUCUUAUUAGGCAUCGUCUUCAUCGUGCUCAUGUGUCGUCAAGAGCGGGGCACGCCUGACGAAUGCCAACCUUUGCUGAGCUCAUAACGCGACAGGAAGUGGAGGUGUCUGUAAACGUCUGUACAGCUGUGACCUAAAAAUAGCUUUGCAUUGAACCGAUCAUGAAACUCUUUAGUAAUGCGAGCAGUACUUUUCACUAAUUUGGGUCACCCUAGAAAGACUGACCUUUUGACUUUUGCUGCAUUUGAAAUAACAAAACAGUGAAUUUCCAGUAAUAGCUUUAUUAUGUGUUUUUAGCUAGUAAAUAUGUGCAUGCUGAGCCAUAACGGAGUCAUCGUUCACUGUCACUUACACUUGCUAGAAACUUUGAUACGUCGUACAUUUCCAGGAUAAUGCUAGCUUUCAUUCCUUCGUUACUUACAGUAAUGUUAAUUAUUGUGUUUCUAAAUGUAGUGCAAUUACUGAUAGCAAAUUGUACAUAAGCUUGAACCACACACAAACUGUGAUAUCCUGUGCCAUCAUUUCAUCAGUUAUAGUACAAUUUUGUUUGUUGUUUUCUUUUAGUUGCGUUUUUAAGUCUUGGGCAUCAUCGAAUUGUGUGAAUUUUGCUGUUGGCGCAAUACCGUUAUACCACUAUAAUCAUUUCUGUAGGCUUGACAUAAUUAUUACUGUAUUUCCUAAGGUUUCCUCUAAAUCUUGGGAAAUUUCCAGUGUUCAUUUUUCUGCUGUAUAACUCAGUGUCCACUGUAAUUUUUGCUCAAAUGUGCUCCUGAUGUCAAUGUGCUUUUAAAUGACAAAUCUUUGAAUUUUUAUUUGCUUGUAUACUUGUUUGUCCUACAAGAUGAACAAAUCUGAUCACUGGCUGCAUUUUGCAAACAACAGGCCUCAUUUAUGAGCCUUUUAGUACAGUUGGUUUGUGUAAACCAUUUAGUGACUUUCAGAAAUCUUCAUAAAAGUUGACGUGGAUGGACAGCCAUGAGCAUGAACUGAACGAUCAGGGUAAAGCCCGGAAAACAGGCGAGAGAGUUCUUUUUAAUAGUAUGCCAACAAAACGUUAAUGACGUAUUUCAUUUUAAUUAUAAAAGCGAGCACUAAAUUUUCCACCAGCUGAAGCCUUUGAUUAUGGUUUACCGCUCUGUGCAUGCAGACCGGCACGUCCUCUGUUUAUACACCACCAUUUCUUUCGUCAUAUCUGUACGAUUAGUUUUAUUUCUCUUGCUUUCUGAAAUUUUUUUUUAGAUUGUUUGAUUGAUGUCAGUCAUUCAAAACAACUUUUUUUGUUUUGUUUUUUUUAAUUCCCAAUUAUUCUUAGUCUAACAUAAUAACCUAGCAUGUGGGAAAGGGAAACGUUCCAAAGCAAAUCUAUAAAUGACACUGGAUAAGGGUCUCUGCUAAAGACAAGGUUUGAAUCAUUUCAUAUUCUUAUGCGUAAAUCUGUAAUAAAUCUGUAUACAAAAUUUCCAGGAUUUUCAUGAAAACCAACUUUCUUGUAACAUACUCACAAUUUCCACAUCAAUCUAUUUCGAUCUACCUUCAUAAAAGAGGCCCACUAUGGAAAUUUAGCCUCUGUCCCAAAUGCUAACUUGUGUUUUAACUACAAUUACACUUUUUAAAACUUCAGGUACAUAAAAUCUUCUAAACUGAUUUUAGUUUAUUAAAAUCACGUUGCCUUAAAGACAUUGAGGUGUCAAUUUUCAUGAAUCAAAACUGACUAGAACCAGAAAGAAGCGUUCUUCAGAUAACAUUCAAAUGAAAUAGUAAGUCUAGCUAUGAUAGCUUUAUACCACAGCGCUGUUAAAUUCUGACUCUGUGAGUGUAAUUAGAAGAAUUGUAGAAUAAAUCAUCUUAAACAAGAAUAAAAUAAAGAUUGGUGGUGUUUUUACUAAUCUGUGGUUUGGCUGUAAUAUUUCCAUACACAUGCGUAAAGUGCUUUAUGUCUUUAAAAUGUUUUUAAAUUCUGUUUAGUUUUGUGAUAAAUUCUAUUUGUUGGUGGUGCAAAAAAUUUGUUGUUCUGUUAUUUGGGUAAAUGUUUUCAAAGGGAUUUUUAUUUUCAUUUUCAUUUUUUUUUUUUAAAAAUCCAUUCAGAUGUGUGUGUGUUUUUUUUUUUUAAUAGGUUUUGUUCUUUUGGGGUUUUUUUUUUGUUUUGUUUUUUUGCACAACUUUGGUUAUUUUCACUCCUUUACACCCGCACUUUAUUGAAUAACCAGUUGUCAAAUGUUUUGUUGUGUAUUUCUACUGAAUCAUGUGAUAUGUUAAAAUAUUGUCAUUGAAUUUCAACUCACACCUGAUUUUUUUUUUUUUCUUGCACACUUGGUUUGAAUUAUCCAUUUAUUCCGAUCAGAUUUCUUAAAAAAUAAUCCAGAAUAAAAAAACAAGAUAUUGCACUCUUCAUGUAACAAUGACAAGAACAUUUAAAAUACACAUUAACAAACAGUAUUUACAUUUACGUGACUGCAAUGUUGCUAGUAUUGACAAAUGAAAAUAAAAUACGUCUUUUUAUAACAUGUCAAUAAACCAAA